AUGCCGGCAUCUCCCAGGCAAGGCGGGGAAGCGGAGGGAACCGCCGAAGACAAGCACAAGACCACCCCAAACAAGGAAGGUGAAGCUACACUCAGCACCCACAGCAACUCAGAACAGCCCAGGGGUUCUCAGCACCCACACACCAAGGAGAUCGCACCAGCUGCACCACCUACAGCAGGGG